AUGGCUGAAUACAAGCUAUCAUACGAGUCCCAGCUGGACGUUUACCAUCCCUCCUACCGCUACGAGGCCCAUGACCCGCGCGACUGGAAAUCUGCCGCUCUCCGUGGACCAGCUCUCCCGGCCCUAGGGAAUGCAACUGCCGGUGCAGUUGGCGCAGCCAUCUCCAAUGUGGUCGUCUAUCCCCUCAGUGUCAUCGUCGCCCGUCUACAGACCCAGAAGCAGAAAGGCAGCAACUCGAGCGAGAAAUCAGACGAUGAUGAGAAUGCCGACGAAGAAUAUAACAGCGUGGUGGAUGCUGCCCGCAAGAUAUAUGCACAGCAAGGCAUCGCCGGCUUUUACCCUGGUCUGGCACAGGAUACUUGGAAGACCAUCGCGGAUUCGUUCCUUUUCUUCCUUGCAUAUAGUGCCAUCCGUCAGAAAAGGAUAGUCGCGCAUGUAGGCGCAGAGCGAGCUGCCAAGAGCAAAAAUAUAGUCCUCCCGAUAAUGGACGAACUUGUCGUUGGUAUCUUGGCUGGCUCGUUUGCCAAGCUAUUCACCACACCACUUUCGAAUAUUGUCGCGCGCAAGCAGACAUCUGCGGGACGAAAAGGUGAAAAUACGAAGAACUUGUCAACGAGUAAUAUCGCAGCACGCAUUCGCGCCGAGAAGGGUAUACUGGGCUUUUGGUCUGGAUACUCGGCCACCCUGAUUCUUACCUUGAACCCAUCUCUCACGUUUUUCCUCAAUGAGUUCCUCAAACGGACCCUCCUCCCACGAUCAAAGCGCGACAAGCCCCCUCCGGCUUUGACAUUCCUGGUGGCGGCCCUAAGCAAAGUUGCCGCUUCAUCAAUCACAUACCCCUUCUCCCUCGCGAAAACCAGAGCUCAGGUAAUGAGCUCGGACUCGAAAUCUAAGUCUGGAGCUGCGCAGAAGACUCAGACUUCUAUCCUCGCCUCUCUCACACCCGAAAUACUUCGCACAGUUGCUACCAUCGCCCGCACUGAUGGUAUACCAGGGCUCUACGCUGGUCUACAGGGUGAAAUGCUAAAAGGUUUCUUUUCACACGGCUUUACAAUGCUCGCAAAAGACGCCGUAUACGCUUUUAUAGUCAAGAGCUACUAUCUCCUUCUAAUUCUGAGACGUCGCUAUCCUACGCCCGACGAACUUAUUCAGCGUGCCCGUGAACAGGCCGAGGAGUAUACAGAGAUCGCGCGGGAAGGGGCUCGUGACCUAGCAGAGAGAACCAAGGAGAGUGCCGAGGAGCUGCUGAGUGCUAAUUCUGGCGGUGUUGCCGCCGAUGCUGCUAGAAGUGCGAACCGUGGCAUUGAUGCUUCUUCAGGUCUGAAGGGUGCUGUUUCAUCGGUUUCUGAUGAGAUUAAUGAGACAGCUGAGCUGGUCGGUGAUUAUGUUGAGGAUGAAGCGGCUGAGUGGAAGAGUCUUUAUCAUUGGUUCUGGACAAAGGAUCAUGGGUCGCGGGAUUGA